AUGAAAGCGAUAUCUGUACAGUACGGGGAGCUGGAUAGCUUGGCAGAUGCGCAGCGGUGAAAGUCCCAAAUCAAGGAAAGGAAAGCGAUAUCUAGUCUCAUCCCCGAACCCCCACCAAGUUCCACAUCCACCAUCUCUCUGAUUGUUUCUUGUCGCCAUGGCCGCCCACGGCAAGCCCAAGCCCAAGCCGCCCGGUGCCCCCUUGCCACCUCCGCCGCCUCCACCGCCGCCGACGGCGGCAGAGGCGAAGAAGGGCUUCAUGCGCCGGAUGUUCCCCUUCCUCCUCGCCGUCAACGCCUUCGUCGGCGCCUACAUGCUCGUCAGGACCUACUACAAGGAUUCCCCGGCCAAGACCGCCGACUCUGCCGCUGCCACUGCAACGGCGUCGACCCCGUCUGCCACCGCCGAGUCCCCUGAGCCGCCGGUGGCAACGCCUGCCAAGGUGCUGCCGCCGAUCCCCGAGGACGAGCAGCGCCGGGUCUACAAGUGGAUGCUGGAGGAGAAGCGCAAGGUGAAGCCACGCGACGCCGCCGAGAAGAAGAGGCUCGACGACGACAAGGCCCUGCUCAAGCAGAUCAUCCGCGCCGACACCCUCCCGGUGCUCUGAGACCGGAUGAAUGGCUGAAGCUCACCACCAGAUUGAUCGAUGUUGCUGUUUGCGUCUGUCAUUGCUUUGCCUCAUGUCUCUUCUCUGCUAAAGAGAAUGGUUUGGUUGGACUCUUUAGUUAGUUGAUUGUGUCGUGUGGUACUGUUAUUAUUAUCAUCUUAUAAGUUAGUUCGACGCGGAGAUGCCCAUCUCGAGCUGCUUUAUUUAUGUGGAUUUCUUGCUUGUGUUGCUCUAUGCUUCUUCAAGAUAAGGAUUUGGUUCGUCUCGAACAAGAUAUUCAACUGACUGAUUCAUGUGUCA